AUGAUCUCGGGCAAUUGGACCUCGGUUGGCGCAGCCAUUGCGGCGGUCUUACUCUUCUGGACAUUCUCCUCGACCUCCUCCUCGCCUUUCACGCGUAAUUUCCCAAGACUUCAAAACAAGCGCAUCUGUUUGUUGAUCGCCCAUCCAGAUGAUGAGGCGAUGUUCUUUGCGCCGACUGUUCUGGCGCUCACAAAGCCAGAGCUGGGGAACCACCUGAAGAUCCUCUGUUUUAGCACCGGUGACGCAGAAGGUCUCGGCGAAACCCGCAGAAAAGAGCUUCAGAAAAGCGCAAAACACCUUGGCAUACGUGACGAGUCCGACGUUUUCAUUCUAAACGAUCCAGCUCGCUUCCCAGAUAGCAUGACAGCAAACUGGCUAGAAAAUGACGUCUCCUCCCUCCUAACCUCAGCCUUCGCCCCGGACCUCGCAGCUACGCUCAAUGGAACCGCAAAGAAGGACCCCAAGAAAGCGCCCACUGCCACAAUUGAUGUUUUUAUCACCUUCGACCAGCAAGGUGUCAGCAAUCACCCCAAUCAUCGCUCUCUUUACCACGGCGCACUGUACUUCCUUCGUCUGUUGAUGAAGGAGAAACCCGGUUUCGCCUGCCCCGUGACCCUUUACACUCUCACCUCGACUUCGAUCUUCCGAAAAUACCUUGGCGUCCUCGAUGCGCCUUUGUCGAUGCUACAUGGUGUUGUGGCUAAUAUCUGGUCCCGAGUGGGUGGAGCCAGGAAAGGCGGCCCCGGGCCAGCGCGUCUUCUUUUCGUCAGUUCAAUUAGUGAGUGGUUUACUGCGCGUGGGGCUAUGGUCUCAUGCCACAAAAGUCAGAUGGUAUGGUUCCGCUGGGGCUGGAUCACGCUUGGGCGGUAUAUGACUGUCAACGACUUGAAGCAGGAGAAGAUCUAG